AUGCCCCCAGAGGACGUACGGGUGGCCGUUUGCAAGGAAGUCGAGAUGCGAUACACGGCGAACCUCAACGUGCACGAGGAAAUCUCGCAGCUCAACUCUAUCCACAACCUCGUCGCCCCCGUCAACUCGCUUCCGCCAGAGCUGCUCAUCAUGUUUUUCUCGCUGGCUGGAGACGACCUGGUCAGCGUGACGCACGUCUGCCGGCACUGGCGCAACGUCGCGCUACACGCUCCCGGCCUCUGGACGCACGUCGGGCAUACGAGCCCUGAAGGCGUGAAUACCUACUUGCGACGUUCAAAGGGGCUCCCGCUAGACAUAUCCCUCACGGUCCUGGAGAUUCCGACUGCGAGCACUCUGCGCGCCAUUACCGCGGAGAUACAUCGCACGCGCAGGCUCCGCGUUACCCUCCCACCGUCGGCAGGUCUGCGACUCGUCACUCAGAGCCUGAUGUUGCUCAGCCCGCAGCUGGAGGUGUUGUCUAUCAGGGACUGCGGCUCUCCACUUGGUGUCGUACCGCCGUCACUUCGUACUCCAUCUCCGAGUCGGCGGCGUCCGGGUGAUUUCGACGGCGCACCUUUGCUUCGCUCGUUGGCGCUCCAUAGCGUACCUCUGCCUUAUCUACCCAGGGGCUCCAGCUUGUUAACAAACAUCGAGCUCACUGGUAAAGAAUGUGUCGGGGACGCUCUGCUGUUACUCGAUCUUUUGGAACGCAGCCCGGCCCUCGAAAGGCUGAAGAUCUGCGGUCCGUUCAAUCACCGCGGACUCGUACCAGACCCACGCCGCACAGUCCCUCUCCCGCGCCUCAAGCGUUUGGAAUUGCAUGGGGGCCUCAUGAAGGGGGCCGGCACGUUUCUCGCCAGUCUUGUGCUUCCAGCGCAGACGGACAUCACGCUUCACACAGAGUGGAAUCCCAUGCAGCUGCCGCUUGCGGACUUCAUCCCUGCGUUCGACCCAGGGAACGUCAAGCUGCACUCUCUCCAGGGCCUCAAGCAACUCGAGCUCUCGUGGGGAUACGGAUACGGGGGCCUCUCUCUGCGAGCCUACCGACACAGCGAGGACUUUAUCGCGCCGGUGCUUGAUCUACAGGUGUACGGCAAAGAGCCUCCCGACGAGCGGUUCCUCACAAACUGGCCGGUCGAUGUGUCACACCUCGAGACCCUGGUCAUUUGCGGUGGGACUACUAGUGGCAGACGCUCCCUGUGGGCUCGGGACGACCACGGGAUCACGCAGGAGUAG